AGACUCAGCACAGAGAGGCAGCACGGAGAUUAGCAACUCGUCUCUCCCCAUUCCAGUUGUUGUGUGUGUGUGUUGACUAUGAAAGCCAUCAGUCCCGUCCGCUCAGCGAGGAGCUGCUUCCAGGCCGUGUGCUGCAUCUCGGAGGCGAGCCUCGCCAUCAGCCGGAAUAACAACAAGCACGCGUGCGCGGACGAGCCGGCGGCGGGCGCCCUGUGCGACAUGAACGACUGCUACUCCAAGCUGAAGUCCCUGGUGCCCAGCAUCCCGCAGAACCAGUCCGUGAGCCAGGUGGAGAUCCUGCAGCACGUCAUCGACUACAUCUUCGACCUGCAGAUCGCGCUGGAGGCGGAGGAGGCGGCCGCCGCGCCGGAGAUGGUGCUGUCGAUACAGACUGCUGAUCUUACGCACAAAUUCUCCAAAGACGAAGGACGGUUGUGCCACUAGGACGAGGAGGACCAAUAAUGGUGCAGGGAAACACAUGUCUCCACUUCAGUCCCGGGCAAGAGGACAAGAGGGGCAGAGAGAGAGGGAGAGAGAGAGGGUGGGAUAGGUAUUUGGGAGAGAAGGAGAAGAAGAAGGAGGGAGGGAGGGAGGGAGGGAGGGGGGCCCGAGUUGAAGAAAGAAAAGACAAGAAAAGAAGUGGACUGUUUCCUCGAUGAGUGGGAAUCGACAGUAGUGCAUGAGCAAGAAAACAGAGCUUCAUUCUUUGCUCUCUCUCUCCCCCCCCCCACCCUCCUCCCCCCCUUCCAUCGGACAGACAAAUCAACACACCAAAGCAGAAGCCAGGAUUGGAAAGUAAAAGCUUUGCCCAACUUUGAACGAACCUGGGAUUCCCUGUAGAUAGACAUAGAAAAAACCUUGGUACAUUGCCCUUUCGUUUUCCAUUUUUUCUUAUUGUGUUGCAUUCCAAACUUUUUUUUUUCCAAUUUUAUUUUUCGGCCCAAAUUCAAACCCAACCUGAACCCGUCAUCGUCUCACAUCAUUUCCCCUCUGUUGCCCCCCCCCCACCCGCACCACCUCCUCUGUUUUUUCUUAUGAUGUGUUACAGCUUCAUACGAAUGUGUACAUAUCUGCUGUGGGUGUGUAAGAGGUGCGAGUCAGUUUGUAUAAUCAGAACUCUAUACUAGAGUCAAUUGUAAAUGUUUGUAGGGAUUGUGUUAUUUCUACGGACAACGUGAUGCGAGUUUCAUAAACUCUUUAUUAUAAAAGUUUUGCUUUGUAUGUAUGUUCUUAUGUAAUGAAAUAAAAAGAAAACAUGUGAAACAUUGA